UUGUUCAAGUGCCGGCUCAAAUCAGCUCAGAUGGCGCAUGGAGCGUGACAGUGAAGCGUGUAAACAUACACGUUGAAUAUUACUCAAGAAAUUCUAAAUAUUCUGCAGAAUGUCUGACGAGGAAGUGAUACGCCGACGGCUUCUCAUAGACGGCGAUGGUACAGGAGACGAUCGUAGGAUCAACAUACUAUUGAAAUCAUUCAUAAAAUGGAUCAACAGCUCAGACAUGGACAAUACACUGCACGAGAGGAUGCUGUCGCAGUUGGCGCAGUGCGAGUUUGCACAGAAGAAAUCCAGACUAGUGUCAAACAUGAGUCGAGAGGAGCUGGAGAACUACGAGACGCUGUCCAAGGAAAUCGAGAUACAAAUAGAGGAAGCCAAAGAAGAAAUAGAGAACACUAAGGCGGAGCUGCAGGACGCCAAGCGCGUGAGGAAGAACCGCAUAGAAUACGACGUAUUAGCAAAAGUCAUCAACGAGCAACCGGACCGAUUGGAAACGGACAUCAAGCUCGCCACGUUACGACAAGAACUGGGCAGUUUGAAGGAAAAAUCAGAGCAGCUGGAACACAAGUUAGAAAUGCGUCGCAAGCAGUUCCACGUUCUCAUAUCGUCCAUACACUCUCUGCAAGGAAUGCUAGACGAGUGUAACGAGGAGAUAAUGGAUUUGAGUCUCGAGAAUGACACGGAGAUCAUGGAUGUGGUCAUGUACAAGGGUUCAUGAAUGUCUACCUCGGCCGUUUCCAAUCGUUUGUAAAAAUCAAGGAGUGUAUGGGAACCGCAGCUGAUGGUAGUCACUACGGGAUGGAAAAGCGGACCGUCUGAGUGCGCCUGACAUGUGUAAAAAUAUCUUUUAAGGUUACUCGAUGUACAUAUUUCUAUAUCAGUUUUCUACUGACUAUGAAGAUCAAUAUAAUUUACAUGUAAUGUAUAA